CAGGCCUCAAAGUUCAUUCGUGGUGAAAGGGUCCCAUGAUAUCGUCUCAUGAACAUUGCUUUCAGACCCAAAUCAUUCCUUCGCUUUCCAAUUCUAUUCUCUUCCCUUUCCCCCCAAAUUCUGAAAUGGGUCUCCACUACGCCCACCAAAACUCUACCACAACUUCAACUACACCCGGAACACCACUUCGACAUCUUCUUCAACCACGAAAACAUACAAAAACGAAAACCCAAUUACGAAUUAUCACUAGUGUCGGCCUUAAAGUACUGUUCAUCCCUUUUAGCCAUUUCUCAAGGCCAACAACUCCAUUGCCUAGUUUUGAAAUUUGGGCUUGACUCAAACAUUUUCAUUCAAAAUAGUCUGAUCAGUUUGUAUGCAAAAUGUGGGUUGAUCAAUGAGGCUAAAGCAAUGUUUGAUUCAUGUUUGGUAUUGGACAGUGUGUCCUGUAAUAUUAUGCUGGGGGGUUACGUUAGAAAUGUUCGUUUGGACGAUGCGCAUAAGCUGUUUGAUGUAAUGCCUGGCAGAGGAUGUGUUUCUUAUACGACUAUGAUAAUGGGUUUGGCCCAAAAUGGUUUUCGGAGUAAAGCAAUUGAGGUUUUUAAGGAUAUGAGAUUUUCGGGUGUGGCUCCCAAUGAGGUGACCAUGUCAAGUGUGAUCUCAUCUUACACACAUUUUGGUGGGGUACAGAAUUGCGAAAUGCUUCAUGGGUUAGUGACUAAACUUGGGCUUGAGGUGUUUGUUCUUGUUUCCACCAAUUUGGUUCAUAUGUAUUGUGCCUGUUCGAAGUUAAGUGAUGCGAGGGUUUUGUUUAAUGAGGUACCAAACAGGAAUAUAGUUUCUUGGAAUGUGAUGUUGAAUGGGUAUUCAAAGGCAGGACUUGUUGAUUUAGCUGGUCAUUUUUUUGAGAAGAUUCCUAACAAAGAUGUGGUUUCUUGGGGUACUGUUAUUAAUUGCUAUGUGCAAGUAGGAAGGUUGAGUGAUGCUUUAGUGAUGUAUCGCGCGAUGCUUCGUACUGGGUUGGGUCCUAAUGAUGUUAUGAUUGUUGAUAUAAUUUCUGCUUGUGGAGUGUUAGUGGCAUUUGCUGAGGGGCAGCAAUUCCAUGGCAUAACUGUCAAGAUCGGGUUUGAUUGUUAUGACUUCAUACAGGCAACAAUCAUCCAUUUUUAUGCAGCUUGCAAAAAACCGAACAAUGCUCGUUUGCAAUUUGAAGUGGGCAACAAGGACCAUCUUGCAUCUUGGAAUGCCCUCAUUGCAGGGCUGAUAAGAAAUGGAAUGAUUGAUGAAGCGAGGCAUUUGUUCAAUGAAAUGCCUGAAAGAGAUGUUUUUUCUUGGAGCUCUAUGAUUUCUGGUUAUUCACAAACUGAGCAGCCUGAUCUGGCUCUAGAACUCUUCCAUGAAAUGGUAGCUGAUGGUUUCAAACCAAAUGAAAUUACGAUGGUAAGUGUGCUUUCUGCAAUUGCUAGUUUAGGCACAUUGGAAGAAGGAAGAUGGGCUCAUGAGUAUAUACGGAACAACUCCAUCCCUGUUAAUGAGAAUUUAGGUGCAGCAAUCAUUGACAUGUAUGCCAAAUGUGGGAGCAUCAACACUGCCUUAGAAUUCUUCCGUCAAAUCCGAGAAAAGACAACCACUGUGUCACCAUGGAAUGCUAUUAUAGGUGGUCUGGCCAUGCAUGGACAUGCUGAGUUGUCUCUGAAGAUAUUUUCUGACUUGCAGAGGCGUAACAUUAAACUCAAUUCAAUCACAUUUAUUGGAGUCUUGGCUGCAUGUUGCCAUGCUGGGUUUGUGGAAGCAGGGGAGCUCCAUUUUAAGAGUAUGAAGGGUUUAUACAAUGUAGAUCCAAACAUCAAGCAUUAUGGCUGUAUGGUGGAUCUUCUGGGCAGAGCUGGGAGAUUGGGUGAAGCGGAAGACCUAAUAAAAAGCAUGCCUAUGAAGGCAGAUGUUGUGAUAUGGGGCACAUUGUUGGCGGCAUGUAGAACACAUGGUGACACGGAGAUUGGGGAAAGGGCUGCAGAGCAUUUGGCAAGGGUGGAACCGUCUCAUGGUCCAAGUAGAGUGCUUCUAUCCAAUAUUUAUGCAGAUGCAGGGAGGUGGGAUGAUGCAUUUCUUGUGAGGCGAGUAAUGCAACGCCAAAGAUUCACAAAGUCACCCGGGUACAGUGGUGUUGUAUGAUAUUGUGAUGGACUUAUUUAAACUACUUGAGAUUUUGACUCAACUUGGAUAUUAGGACUGUUGUUUAGUUACCCAGAAUUGAUUCUUACUAAACAGGUUCAAUAUUGCUAUGCAGAAUUCUAUCUUUUCUGUAAAUUGUAUGAUUGCUUGAAUACUGAGCAAAAUUUGUCAGAAUUGACACUCUUUUAAAGCUAAUACAAAUUAUCAGCAAUUUUUCG